AUGACGACAUCCUUAGAGCCCUUGAGCUUCGCUCCCAGAGCUACGAAAAGUCAACUUGGCUUCUCAAUACAGUUUACUUAUCUCCCUGUUUUGCUUGCAGAAAGUCGAGUCCACAGUGUCUCCGAAUCUGCGGUAUUUGAUGAAUCUGAUACGACAGCAUUGAGUCCACGGGAGCAGAGAGCACUAAGAAGGAAGGAGAAGUCUCGGUUGGCAGCCAAAUUGCGACGAAAUCAGGAAAGCAAUAUUCUCUCCUGCCUUCUGCAAGCUCUACCUGUUUCCCUAACCGAUCCCUCCGCAAAUUCUGAUGGAAAUAGUACUAGUAAAUCUCCCUCAGGAUUGAAUUUGGAGAAAUCCGGAGUAAUACGAAUGGCAGGACAGACACUCUUUCUCUAUAACUCCCUGUCACGAGGUACGUUGGACACAAUUUAA